CGAGGGGCGGGCCUUGGUAGCAGGCGGGAGGGAAAAAACAAUUGACCCUUCCAAACCGGAAGUUCUCGGGUCCAGGGAUAGGGCGAUGGCGCUAGUGAUGUCAUGACGUCAGGCGGCUGAGCGACUCCUACCGCGCAUGCGCUGCGCUUAACUUGAAGUUGAAGCAGAAACGAAACCUACGGGUGAAGAGGGGAAGCGGUGAUUAACGGCGGCCGGCCCGGCCCGAGUUGCUGAUCCGGUCCCUGGCCUGCCCGCGCCAUGCUGCUGUGCGAGCUUUGCGGCCAGGCGCUGCGCACGGAGCCGGAGAUGAGGCGCCACCUGCUGCGCGCGCACCUGGAGCGCGAGCCCCGCUGCCCGCUCUGCUCGUUCUCCGCGCCCGGCUACGACGAGCUGCGCGCUCACGUGGACAGCGCGCACCCCGAGCCGAGGCCGGGCCCCGCCCCCGCGGGCGGCCGGCCCCAGUGCCCCUUCUGCGGGGAGACCGGCGCCUCGGGCCGGCAGGUGGAGGCGCACGUGAGGUCCCGGCACGGCCACCUCCUGGACCCGCCGGCCCCGGGAAAUGAUCAACAGCUAUAUGAAUGUCCAAUGUGUGAUCUUGUCUGUGCAAACGGUCAGAUUCUCCAGGAACAUGUUGACUUGCACUUAGAAGAACACCGCUUUUCAGAAGUCCAGGCCACCCAACCUGUCAUGGAUCUGAUAAAGUUUGUCUGCGGGAGUCCUGGUCUUUUGGAACUAGUAAGGUCCAACAGAUUGGGGCUCCUCUCUAGCAAACCAAAGGAGAAUUUUUUCAGACACAGAAGAUGCCUCCUUGAUAGCAUUUACGAGUGCUGCUUGUCAGUAGAUAUAAAUGUAGGUGGAAGUUUAAGUGAUUUGGAACUGGCUCAGCAGCUCCAGAAUGAAGAAGACAGACAGCAAGGAUUAGAAGAAGCAAGACGAGAAAGAGAAGAAUUCCAAAAACUGCAGAGACAAUAUGGAUUGGAUAGUUCUGGAGGCUACAAGCAGCAGUCACUAAAGAACAUGGAAAGGGAAGUAGCUAGGGGAAGGAUGCAGCCUUCUGAAUAUCAUAAGAGAAAAGCUGACAUGAUGGAAUCUUUGGCUUUUGGUGUAGAUGAUGGGAAAACAAAAACCUCAGGAGUCAUUGAAGCACUGUCCGGGUACUAUCAAAAUGAAAUCAAAGAUGUAAGGCGUGUAUGGCUUUCUACAGGAGUGGAUCACUUCCACUCAUCUUUGGGAGACAAAGGUUGGGGUUGUGGCUACAGGAACUUUCAAAUGCUGCUUUCUUCAUUAUUGAGGAAUGGCAUGUAUAAUGACUGUUUGAGAGAUAUUACUUUAAUUCCUUGUAUUCCAAAAAUUCAGUCCAUGAUUGAAGAUGCUUGGAAAGAAGGUUUUGAUCCUCGAGGAGCAUCUCACUUCAGCAAUAGAUUACAUGGUACCAAGGCAUGGAUAGGAGCAUGUGAAAUUUAUUCUCUGUUAACCAGUCUCAGGUUAAAGUGUCAAAUCAUUGACUUUCACAAGCCAACUGGCCCCUUGGGUACACACCCUCGUUUAUUUGAAUGGGUUUUGAGCUACUAUUCUUCAAACAGAGAAGGUGGUACAAAGGUUGUGUGUACCCCCAAACCACCUAUCUACAUGCAGCACCAAGGGCAUAGCCGUACUAUUGUUGGCAUAGAAGAGAGGAAGAAUAGAACAUUAUGUUUACUAAUAUUUGACCCAGGCUGUCCAUCACAAGAAAUGCAGAAACUGUUAAAACAAAGCAAUGAUGAUACCAGUCUCAAACUACUUAGGAAAUUUGUGGGUAGCUUAAAAGAUAAGCAGUACCAAAUAGUGGCUGUAGAUGGCGAGCUCUCACCAGAGGAGAAAGUUCAAAACACGCCAAAACAAAACGCCCAUCUGUUUAUUCUUCACUAAUAAAAGUUCGCUGCCAGGCUUCUCAAGUGUUCACAGCAGCGAGGAUUCCUUAAAGAAUGGCCUAUUUACUACUUUUCUCUGGAACUCAGUGGAUGUGAAACCUUAAAUGCAUUUAGAUAGCUUUUCAAUCAUCUUAUUUAUAAUGUGUUAAUAUUUUUCAGCAUUUUUAAUUAUAUCUUGCCAAAAAAUAAUAAAUAUUUAUAGGCUUCA